AGCUCAAAGAAAUUCCAAAAAAUAAAAAAAAUAAUCAAAAAAGUUUCCAAAUUUUAGCAAAAAAAGAAAAGAAGAAGCACAACAUAAUCGAUCAAAUAUUUCGUUUACCAAACGACAAUUAAUCAAAUGAUUCGAAUGAAUUAUUAAAAAUUACUAACCAAAACGAAACAAUUCGAAACUUCCUCUCUCAACCUCUUUCUCUGUGAGGCAAGGAUAAAUCUACUCCGUCGUUCAAAAUUCUGUGAAUAGACGACAACAAAAAAUAAUAAAAAAAUAAAACAAAAACAAAAAGUGUCAUUCAAAAUAAAAAUAAUCUUUUUUGCCGAAAUAAAUGUCCAUGUGUGCAUCUGUGUGCAUGUGUUCUCCUCGUAAAUAAUAUAUCUCCGCGUGUGUGUGUGUGUGUCCAUGUGUAUGUGCAUGUGUGUGCUGCCUCCCAAUGAUGAAUAAAAGCAUUGAAAGCCUCAUCCAACACGACAGCGGCAACAUGUCCUCUGAACGUCAGUCUUCCGAGGAUGUACAGGAGUCGACAACCGCCGAGGAUGCAGCCUUGGAUGGUGACGGCGAUUACACCGACGAUAAUAAUUUCGAAUCGAAUUUGAGACGACGCAAGGGCAAGAUAAUCUCGUGUGCCAAGGAGACAAUUGAGAAUGCUUCCCGUCAGCUGAGACGUAAAGUACCCUAUGCCGGUCAUUUGAUGACACCGCGACGCCUCUGGCUAAAUAAAAUACCCACCCAAUGCGAUGUGGUCAUUGAGUUUCCUGAAGAUGCACCCGACGAGGCACUGCGUUGGCUGUUGGCACGCAUACGGUCACAGCCACCGGCCGGUUUGGGGCUGGUGGUGCAGGUGAAGGCCCACGAGAGUUCAAGGCGAAAUGCAUUUUAUAUAAGUGCUCCGACGAAUAUUUUAUUUCGAGCAGCGGAAGAGGCUCGUUUGCCGAAACGUUUACGUCCGGAUCUGGGUGGUGCCUUACGAGAAUUUACAACCCGCGAAAGUCAUUGUUUCCAGCAAAUCAAAAGCGAUGAUGGCAAUACCUCGCUGUUCACCUCCCAGGAGCGCCAAUGGUUGGUGUUACAGGUACUGCAGGGUCUCAGGGCGGGCCAAUCGGACAUAGAGGCCCUGCAAGGUCGAGCAGCCGUCGAGGAGGGCCAGAGUAUUGUGGCCGCCUGGCAGGAAACUGGAUUGAUAAUGCAAAUAUUCCCGCUGCAUGAGACAAAAAGUUUGGCCUCACUGCAGAAGAGUUGGGUCAAGCAGGUCCUGGCCCCGCAGCCUUUGGACGACAUUGCCGAGUAUUUUGGUGUCAAGGUGGCCUUAUACUUCGCCUGGCUGGGCCACUACACCUGUGCCCUGGGGGUGCCGGCGGUAUUUGGCACCAUUUUGUAUGCCUUUCUUUGGGGCAAAAAUCAAAUGGCCCAGGACAUGGGCCAUGUCUUGUUUUCUCUCUUCAAUGUGGCCUGGGCUUCGCUGUAUUUGGAGGCCUGGAAGAGAUAUUCUGUGGAGCUGGCCUUUCGCUGGGGAACGCUGUCCACACCACCGGAGCUAUUAGAACCACCGAGGCCUCUAUAUAAGGGCCCACUUGUUGAGAACAAUGUCACCGGCCGUCUGGAGCCGAAGGAGGCACCCGCCUGGAAGCGUCGUGCCUUUCGUUACCUUGUCAGUUUUCCCAUAAUCGGCUUAUGUUUGUUUCUGGUGUUUGUUGUCAUGUUCCUGAUGUUACGUUUUCAGGAUUGGCUGGAUAAUAAUAAUAUACCCGAUAGUGGAAUUGCCCAAUGCAUGUAUAAUUUGCACAAGGACUGGUGGGACUCCAAGCUACCCGAAACCGGAGUCCUCUGUUGUUUAAGCGUCAUACCCAAAGUUUUGUUGGCUGGCGCCAUUACGCUCAUGGAUGAGGCAUACUAUAAAUUGGCCGUAUGGUUGAACGAUAAAGAAAAUUAUCGCCUGCAGUCAAAGUAUGAAAAUCACUUAAUAGCCAAGGUGGCUUUGUUUCAAUUUGUCAACUCUUUCCUAUCGCUAUUCUACAUAGCUUUUUAUCUGAGGGAUGAGGAGAAAUUGAAGGAGCAACUGGCCGGUCUCUUGAUCUCUCGUCAAAUCAUUGGCAACUUACGCGAAUCCGCUCUGCCCUAUGUGGCCGAACAGGUACGCCUGGCAAAGCUGAGUUUUAAUAUGUGGGGAGCCUUGAGUCCCACGCAAGAUAAUAAUCGCACAUUUGCGGAGAGUGUGGCGGCAGCGGGAGCAGGCUCCACGGAUUCAGAGAAAACCAAACAGCCAAGUGGCACCUCGACACCCCAGCAGCCGGGCACCCCGUCGAAACAGCUGCCGAAGAAACCAUCCACUGAUACGGGCUGCUCAACACCGUCGACGACAACAAGUGCCACGAAGCGUAACAUUGGUCAGGCGGAGAUUGAGAGUUCGUUGUAUAAGUACGAUGGCACCUUUUCGGAUCAUUUGGAAAUGCUUGUCCAGAUGGGUUAUGUUGUGCUAUUUUCGGCCGCCUUCCCACUGGCCGGAAUAUGUGCCCUGAUUAAUAAUCUCAUGGAAAUACGCUCUGAUGCAUUCAAACUGGCCCAUGUACAUCAGAGGCCAUUUGGUCAACGUGUUGCCAACAUUGGAACGUGGCAGAAUGCUCUCAGCCUCCUAUCGCUGGCUGCGGUCAUAGUGAAUUGUGCACUAAUUGGUUUAUCCGGACAAGUGUCUCGUUUGUGGCCGGGUUUGACGACGGCACAGACCAUUAUUUUGAUAGUAACACUAGAGCAUAUCAUGUUGGGUUUACGUUCAGCCUUAACCUGGCUGCUGCCGGAGCUGCCCUCCUGGUUGGCAGCGGAGAUAGCAAGGGCGGAACAUUGUCGCAGGGAGAUGCAGUGUAAGGGUACAUCACCGCGACCCACACCACCUACACCGCCCAGUACCACUUCCACCCAGCCGGAUCAUGAAUUGGCAGCAUUGCAUUUGGCGGAUGUUAAUAAUGGUGGAGCAGCGGCCGUCUCUGCCUCGGCAGCAGCUGCGGUAGCCAAUCAGCAAUCCAUUCAACGGCAGCUCUCCGAGGAUCUGCUCUAUCAACAGGAACUACUCAAGCAGCGAGAAUAUGAGCCCUAUGUAGAUGAGAUAACUCGCUUUGGCCUGCAGCGCAAUGUUGAGGCGGACGUCAAUGUGUUUGAGAAUCGUGACUCAUCGCCGGAUUCACCACCCUCACAGACCAGCACCAUUCUCAUACGCCCCCUGCAUGAGUCCACACCACCGCUGAGUGGUGCCUCGCUGACUAGUCUCAAUCAGGAUGUGGGUCGUUCGCAUAGCGGCGCAUGUAAAAGUUGUAAGCAGAAAAAGAAAAUACCGGAAAUACCCCCAUUUCAUGGAUAUUCAGUUCGUAAUUUAAGCUCCAUACCAAUACAAAGAUUGCACGCUUUAACGGGAGCUUCUGCAAGUUCCUUGGCCUUAAAUACCCGUCAAUGUAUGCAUCUACCAGAAAUACCACCCUUCCGGAAGAAAUCCUCGGAUUCGGCCGAACAUACCGGCAGCAGUGCCAGCAGUAGUCCACAGCGCACUACCACCACCAACACCACCAACAUCAAUUCCAAUCUUAUUAUCAAUAAUGCUAGUACCAACAACAACACCAUUUCCCGCCAACAUCAGUCCCAGCAACAGCAACAGCAAUUGACUUCCCAGUCGCUAGUUGGCUCCGCUGCUUCAACACCCCCCGCAGCCGCAACAACAUCAUCCAGUUCCCCGGCUCAGCCACAAACAUCAACGCAAGACAAGAAAUUACCCACAAUAUCGAAGCUAUCGGAAAUUCCGCCAUUCAAUGCCCGCAAAAUAUCCGCCGAGAGUACCAUGAAUUUGAAUAUAAGCGAUUACAACAAUUACAACAAAAUGCAAAAGAUGUCACGCUUGAUGGUUAUCGAUAGCGUAAAUCUCAAUAGAAGUAUCGAUUGCAUUGCCAAGGAGCUUAAAAGCAAUACAGACACGAUGGAUAUUUUAAAGCCAGCCCCAUCCUGGACUAAUGUGGCCAUAAAAUCGACAACAGCCAUUGCAGCCCAGCCCCUGGUGGCUGUAACUCCCGGUUCCUCGUCCACCGGUCCGGCAGCACAACACACAGUCGCCUCAUCCUCUUCCUCGUCCAGUGGCGGAGCCUCAUCGUCGACAACAGCCACAACGCGAGUGGAGAAUUCACGUCCCAGUGUAGGGGCCAUAUCAACCACAUCGACAUUGUCGUUCCAAUUGAAUCAGCAGCAACAACAAAAGGAACAACAAUCAUCGCAACAAAACGACAAGGAGCAGGCCUCAACCUCAACAGGAUCAACGAAGGCAAAUGCUUCCGCUGGCCAGGCAUCGGGUGGCAAUACAACCGAUGAGGAGGCCAAGGCUGCCGAAUUGGCCGCGAAGAAAAAUCGUCUCAAACAGAAGCUGGUAAAAAGUGCCCGAUCCGUGGCCAUAUUUUCCUUGAAGUUGAAGGAGAGGCGUCAAAGGGAGGCUGAAAAGGCGGCCACGAUAGCAAUAGAGCAUGCCAAGGCUUUAGCUAAACUACCGCCUCUCCCCCAGCCGGGUGGUGAACUCUCCCUGAUACCCAUUGAACAACUCAUACAAAUCGAGGAUAUAAAACCACUUUUGAAAUCUCCACCUUCCACGAGUACCAGUAGUGCAUCAGCAGGCCCUGGAGCUCCGUCGGCGUCCACGACCAUUGGAUCCUCCUACUCUUCGGCGACAAAUGCUAACUUGAAUACAACAACCUCAACAACGACAUCGUCAUCCUCAGCAGCUUUACUGGCGGCAGCAGCUGCCCAUUUGCAACAUCAGCAACAACACCAGCCGCCGGGAUCGGCAUCUGGCAGUUUUUAAAUUAAAAUUACAAAAACAACAACAACAAACACAAGAUACAUACAUAUAUACAUAUUUGUUAUAGAUUUAGAUGUAAGGCUACGUUUUACCAAAAAGAAAAUAUGACAAACGGUAUCAAACUUUUUUUGUAAAUAACCCCCCCUAGGAGAUUGAGUAGAAGAUUAAAACAAGAACAACAACAGAAACACGUCAUAUAACGCUUUAAGUAGAGCAAUUAGCAAUCAUCUGGAUAUGGAAGGUCUAUAGAAGGUCAUCCAUACAGAGAAGACCCAUAAAGGGUCUUUUAUCCAAGGGUCUUUGGUGUAUAGGUGACCCCUGUGGACCCCCAUGUCGGGUAUUGUAACUCUAGAUAACCCACAGAAAGUAUUCUCUAGCAAAUAAAGUGACUUAAAAUACAAACGAAGAACAUAACAGAACAGUAUCAGAACAUUACAGAAUUUUGACUCAAAACAUUCUUAACAAAUAUUACACUUACCGAAAACAGAAUAGGUACAUAGUUUAGUCGAUAGAAAUGCAACAACACAAACCUAAAUAAAUUUCGAAAUAGUUGAAAGGAAAAACUAACGAAACUUGUAUUUUAGAUGUAGGAAGUUUAGAUUUAGAAGAAGAAAAAAAAAAAACAACAAACUCUUGAAGUUGAAACUUAUGAUGCUGCGCAAAAAAAUAGUCUUUAAAAAAUAAUGUUAUAAAA